AUGAAUCAAUUAGAUGAUUUUGAUCCAAUUCCCUUCUAAUAAUCUUCCAGUCAAAAUGUAAAUUUUGAGAUUGAAGGAAAUGUGAAGAAUAUUUAAACCUCUGCAAAUCAGAAUAGAAAGAUUAAAGAAAAUACAAAAAAUACUUAUAUCAAAAAAAUUAGUUCAUUAAUGAAAUUAUCUCCAACAUAAGAAAAAAUUGAAGAGAAAGCAAUGUAUAUAAUUAGAAUAAUUACAAAGGCCAGAAAAAAAAUUAUUAAUGAAACCUUUUUAGAGUCAAUAAUAAUUCAAUUAUGUCUCUUAAACAGAAAAGGAAGAUAAAUUAGCAAAGAAUAGAGAAUCAGCUAGAAAUAGUAGAAAAAGAAAGAAAAUUUAUCUUGAAUUACUUGAAAAUAAAGUAACUAAAUUAUCAGAAUAAUUGGAUCUAUUUAAAGAUGUUAAUGAUAAAACUUAUAGUUUGGCAUAAAAUUUAUAAAUUAAAUUAACACAAGUAAGUAAUUCAAAUAUAUUCUUAGAAAAAAGAACAAGAUUAAACUAAAUGCAUUUUAUUUAAUAAUCUUUAAACAUCAUUGUAAAAUAAUGCAUCAGAAGCAAAUGUUGAUUCGAUUAUAGAUUCUUUAAAUGUAAAUUAUUUGUUUUAUUUAGAAAAAAUUUGGUUCAGCAUCUUAAGAAAGAUAAUUUUUAAUUGAUCAUUAUGCAAGAUAAAUAAAUGAAAAUUGUUUAGCUCCUUUUUGCAAUUAUAUCAUUUAAAUAGCUAAGAAAUAAGAUGAUAUUUUCUGUUAAAAUGAAUAGUAAAAUUGUAAUAAUAUAUUUAUAGAAAUAUGAAUCUUAAUUUAUUAACUUAAUUGAAAUUAGCAGAUAAAUAAAAGUAAAUACUUUUAAAAAAAUAAUAAAAGUUAGCCAAACAUUAUCAAGAUAUAUCUAAGUAUAUUUAAUUUAAUAAAUUAGUUCUGUUAAUUAAAUUAUGGAUACAAAAUCUUUAAUUUAAAAAGAACUUGCAUCAUUUGAUUCAACUCUUGAUUAAUUGAGAACUGAAUUAAGACCAUCAUAAGUUGCAAAAUUACUUUUAGCAAUAGAAAAGAAAGACAUGUAAAAUCAUUUUAAAGAAUCAUUUGAGAAAUUCUUUGGUCAUGAAAUAGAAGAGGAUGACUCUUUAGAUUUAUAUUAAUUUAUGACUGAAAGAAAUUAAUGUAAUUCUCUUGGAAUUGAUAUCUAAAAUACUUAUGAUGUUUUUAGAGCAUCUCAUGACUUUCUUUUUGGUAAAAAUGAAGAAUUAGAUAUUAAUUAAAUAAAUGGUAAAGAUAUUUGA